CAGAUUUUUUACUGUUUACCAGCUGACUUUGAUAACAAUUGAUUCGACAUAUGACAUCGAUUAAACCGAGUAAACGGAAUACUAUCAGUUUGCGUUCUUUAUUUGGUCUUUUGCUAGUUUUUAUAAUAUUUUUCCAACUUCUAAGUUGAAUCAAAUUGUCAGGAUGGAAAGGUCUGAAAAGUGGAAAUCUCCAUUAGGAAUUUUUUUAUGUCAUUUUCAUUUAAUUCUCUGUAAUUAAAUUAUAAAAUGCUCUAUUUAGAUUUAAAUGUUACUAAAAAAUAUGUUUUAUCUGAUAACAACGAUGUAUUAAUUUUUAAUACAAAUUUGUAAUAUUUUGAAUUAGCUGAUUAUUUCGAAUUCCGUUUUUAAAAUGUCUCUCUUACCCUCAUUACCUGAUUUUUUAUUUACUGAGAAAUUAGGCAAAGGUUCCUAUGCUACUGUUUAUAAAGCAUAUAAAAAAAGCGGCAAAAGGGAAGUGGUAGCUGUAAAAUGCAUCCCCAUUUCCACUGUGACAAAAGCAGCCGUGGAUAAUAUCAUUACAGAGAUAUCCAUCUUGAAAAAAGUAAAACAUGAAAAUAUAGUUGAACUUAAAGAUUUUCAGUGGGAUUCAACACACAUUUACUUGAUCUUAGAAUAUUGCAGUGGUGGUGAUUUAUCUAAUUUUAUUAAGUCUCGAAGACGUUUACCAGAGUCUGUUGUUCAUAAGUUUUUACAGCAGCUAGCUGCUGCCCUCAAAGUACUUCGAUCUAACAAUAUUUCUCACAUGGAUUUAAAACCUCAAAACAUAUUAUUGACUGAUUUUAAGCAACCAGUUUUAAAACUUGGAGAUUUUGGUCUUUCUCAGUAUCUACAUUCAAAUAAAGAAGCCACAUCAUUUCGUGGUUCUCCUUUAUAUAUGGCUCCAGAAAUUCUUUUAAAACAAGUAUAUGAUGCUAGGGUAGAUCUUUGGUCUGUGGGAAUUAUACUGUAUGAAUGUCUUUUUGGGCAAGCCCCUUUUUCAUCUAAAACUUUCACGGAGCUUGCUGAGAAAAUAAAAAGCUCUAAUCCGAUUGAAAUACCAUAUGGAGCUAAUGUUUCACCCAAGUGCAGGGAACUCAUUCUCAGCUUGUUGCAAAGAGAUCCAAACCAAAGGAUUUCAUUUGAGGAGUUCUUCAAUCAUCCUUAUGUUGAUUUGGAGCACAUGCCCACCCCAGAGACUUUCAAUAAAGGCAUUGAUCUCGUUAAAGAGGCUGUUAAAGCGGAUGCUAGCAAGGAGUAUAAAGAAUCAAUCAAAUAUUAUAGUCAAGCUUUGGAAUAUUUAGUUCCUCAUUUGAAUAAUGAAAGCAAUUCAACUAAACGAAAAGAACUUAGGAAAAAAUUAUUGGAAUACGUAAGUCGAGCAGAAGAACUGAAGGCGCUGUCUGAAUGUAAUGGCUCAGAAUCAUCCAAAAGUGUUCCUAAAAACACCUCACUUAGUUUAGGAGAUGUCAUUCAAGGAAAGCCUCAGUUAGAGAAAGGUUUUUUCUUAGCUGAACAAGCAGAUGCACUUGCUGUUGAUGGUUGUUAUGAAGAUGCAGGUCACCUUUAUAAAAAUGCAUUAGAAAUUUUAGUGACAGCCGUUGCUGAAGAGACAACUGGCCCCAAAAAGGAUCUAUUGUAUGCUGAGGUUAAUAAAUGGAUGAAGAAAGCUGAAGAUCUGAAAUCAUUCCAAAAUGUCUUGAAAAGACAGAGGAAACUAAUGAGGUUAAAUAGUGUCUCAGAUACAGUUAUUUUCACAAAAGGUACUGACAGUGUAGGCAUUAGGACUUUAGAUGGCAAUGAAUCAUCAUGUACUAUCCAGUGAACAUCAAAAACAAGCACAACUAUUUAUUUUUAAAAUUGUAUUUAUUUUUUAAAUUGUAUAUAUGUAAUUGUAAAUAAAAUAAAGCCUUAUGUUCACUAAAGAUGCUGUUAAA